ACCCCAAUCCCCUCGCCGGCAAGGAACGGUCAGGAUGAGAUGCGUAUUGCUUGGCGAUUGGUGCAAAUACCUCCUACGAAGUUGACGUGGACAUCAUUAUACUCGCGGAUUUACAGAGUGGCAGCUCUUCCAUGACUGAACGGUCAACUCAAGAAAACCCGAUAGGCCAUUGCCUUUCACACCAGAACAGGUUUUAUCUAGGAGAGAACCUUGCGUUAGAAGGAAACUAGGCUUCUAGAGUCUUCUGCAUCUAGUGCCAGUAGGCAUAUCUGUAAAUGCAAGAUGGAGAAGGGAUUCGUGAUCUAGACCUGAUGGAAACUACAGGAUUUGGAGAUGGUGAGGGAAUGAGCGGAGUGCAAGAAGAGCCUGUAGAAAAUAGAGGAUUAGGCGGCAAAAAUUGGGGCGCCGAAGCUCGUGCAGAGCAUAUGGAAACCGGAGCAUUUGAAGCCUCGAAGGCUGCAGGCCGCAUGGAGCUUAGCUACCAGGCAUCAAUCGAAGAGGAGAAGAAAUCAACAAGCAAUGCAAUCUUACGAAGUGGUGAGGCAGGAGGAUUUCCUCCACGGCCACGUCGCGGGAAACGCGCCCGUGAAGGUCCAAAUGAACGAAUAGCCCCAGAAGAUGAGGAAGAUGCGGUGACAAAGGCUAUACGCCUUGCAGCUGAACGGCCAGACCAGCCAAUAUUUUUCCCUUACAAAGGAACUGUGUUCAACAGCUGCGAUGAGGCGAAAGAGUUCUACAACUUAUACUCCUGGGAGAAAGGUUUCGGAAUAAGAAUAGGGCGAGAAUGCAAGAACAGCAAAGAGUAUAGAACUAGACAAGAUUUUGUCUGCUCGUGUGAGGGAACAGACAAGAGCACAACAGCAGCUUCAAUCAGGACUAAAUGCAAGGCAAUGAUCAGACUUCUCAGACAAAAUGAUCAUUCAUGGUACAUCAGCAGGGUGGUUGACACACACAACCACCCAUUUUCAGCAGGCUAUGGUGAAAACAAGGAAUGGAAAUCGCAUAGUGACAUAGAUCCACUAACAAAGGAUUUGGUUAAGAAGCUUAGGGAGAACAAUAUAAGUGUUGGGAGGAUCUGCAACAUCCUAGGUGUGUCGGAUGCAACCUCAAGCAAAACAAUGAGAAAGGAGUCUAUACGGUCCUUGUGUGCAAAACUGUCCCAAGAAAACAUGAAAGAUGAUAUUGGAAAGACAAUGGGACUUUUGGAGGAUAUGAAGAAGACUGACCCUGGGCUUGAAGUAAGGUUCCAAAUGGACAGCAGUGGCGCGAUGAAAACAAUGCUUUGGUGCACCGGUAAAAAUAGAGUGGACUACGAGAAUUUUGGAGAUGCCAUAACAUUUGAUACAACCUACAGGACAAACCUUUACAGCCUGCCAUUUGGUCUUUUCGUUGGUGUAAACAACCAUUUCCAGUCAAUAGUGUUCGGAGGGGUGCUUCUAACAUCUGAGAAAACAAUUGAUUUCGAAUGGGCAUUCACAAAUUUUGUAGAAAUAAUGAAUGGUAAAGCUCCCCUGACAAUGCUAACAGACCAGUGUGCCGCCAUGGCAAAGGCGAUAAAAUCAACACUACGGACUACAGGGCACAGAUGGUGCAGGUGGCACGUGCUGAAGGAUGCAAAAAAGAAGCUUGCGAACAUCUACUCAAAACGUAAGAAGUUCAAGCGUGAAUUCAAUAAACUAAUAACUGAUGAGAUUGACAUAAGAAGGUUCGAGAAUGAAUGGGUAAAACUACUAAAGGAAUACCGCCUUGUCAAGAACAAGUACUUGAAGAGGUUGUUCAAGCACCGGGACAAAUGGGCUAAACCAUAUUUCAUGGACAUAUUCUGUGCUGGAAUGCCCAGCACACAAAGGAGUGAAAGCGCAAAUCAUAUGUUAAAAAAGUUCAUUCAACGGGCUGCACCAAUGCACCUUUUUGUGAGUAAAUUCAAUGAGCUGCAGAGCGACAGACACGACCAGGAAGGAAAAGAGCAGCAUUCUACUAAACAGGUUCUCAGAAAAAAGCUAAGAGUAGGGGUUCCAAUAGAGCGCCACGCAAGCACGGUGUACACAAGAGCAAUGUAUGAGAAAUUCUGUGAUGAGCUAUUUGAGUCAGGAUCAUUUGCCAUAUUUAAGAGGAUCAAUGAUAGUGAGUUCAUUUUAGUAGACACAAAGAACGAAGAGGAAAUAGAUGCUAAGCAUUUCAGGGUGAAGCUAGAAGGAGAUAAUAAGAUCAGUUGUGAAUGUGGUUUCUAUGAACAUAUGGGCAUGCUUUGCCGCCAUACUCUCAAGGUCCUCGUCCAUCUGGACAAAAUGGAAAUCCCAGCUGGAAACAUAAUGAGAAGAUGGACAAAGGAAGGGCACAUACCAUGUAAAGAAACAUCGAUAUCUUCUGCCUUGGAGUAGCAAUCGCAUAAUAUGCAGAGAAAGAUGCUUCUGGCAAAAGCUUGUGAACUUACCAAGGUGGAUGACAAGGGACGACUCGUCUCUUUUGGUAAAACAAUUGAAGAAGUAAUUGGCAAUUCCAUGGUAAGUGAGACAUCAGGUCAACAAAUUGGUGAAGUUAAAGAUGCAACAACUUCUUGGCCAACCUCGAAGCCCACAUCCUGUCCUCCCCGAACAAUAUUCGGUGGAAGGCCACCAAACACAGGACUAAAAUCAUGGAUUGCAAGCACUAAGAAAUCUGCAGCGUGCCAAGCCGAUGAUCCAAGCACUAAAGCAUCAGAGUGGCCAGAGGAAGAGAACCCAGCCAAGAAGAAAACAAAGUCCAUUUUAGAACUUAUGCAGUUGAAGUAACCGUUCAAGUUGCCUUAAUUAUGUUACCGGUAUGCGUAUGUAAAACUGAUGCUCUUUUAUAUUUGGAACCAAUAAUACACGCAUUGUAAUCUUAUUAAAUUUGAACUCAAUAUGAGCAUUGUGUCCAGUAUACAAUCACUACUUUUAUUUA